AUGGAAGCAUCAAAGCAGGACAACGGAGCAAGAGUUCGACGCUCUUUUCACCCGCACUGGACUUCCCAUCACGACUUCCAAUCUACAAGAGUGUUCCAGGUCAGCGUUUUAGGAAAUGCCGUAAUUUAUGACGUGCCCCACGUCUCCAUUAAGCCUCCCCCACAAAAUCUCUCUUGUUGGAAGCACCAUGGAUUCCUCGUCACGUCACGUCACUAGAGACGAGGACUAAUGCACAAAUCCAUGACGACACAGUCGACGGUGACGACGUGAGAGCACGUUUGUUAUUCUUUUUCUCCCACUGCUUCCACGCAGUCCAUAUGACCUAAUAAACUUCCAAUUAACCCU